AUGUCAAUCCGAAAACCCAAGAAAUCAAAGUCUCUUGUUUCUUCACCUUCUCCACCACCACCUACCUCAGCCCGUAAUCUCAAGGACCUUGUAUUGUUACAAAUUGUCUGUAAGCAAUGGUACUGUCUAAUUGAGAUUGCCCUUGUUGAAGAAUUUGUAAUUCCUUACGAUUGGAUCUUAUAUAUAAAGUAUUUCUCGCAUCCUACCAUCAGUUUCGGGAUUAGACAAAGCUAUCGUCUUGCGUGGUUUCGUAUUGGUAAAUUAACACAAUUGGGAGAAUGGAUGGUGCCAAUUAGAGGUGAGUGUGCUGAUUUGCGAGGAAAUUCAAAAAUAGAAAUGAUUUAUACGCGUGGCGAGCCUGACGUGUUUAAAAUUGUGGGAGUCAAAAUCGCACUUGCUCGAAUAUGA